AUGUGUAACGUGGCGCCCUUCAUUGCAGCUUCGUUCUACUGUGAUAAGAUGGGCUUUGUCUUGGCCUAUAAGGGAUUGGAGUCUGGCAGCCGAGAGGUGGUGUCUCAUGACAUCAGACAGGACAAAGUGGAACAUGACAUGUAUCUCUGCAUGACAGCUUGGUUUCAUUUUCCCUCAGCGAUGGGGGAGCACUUGAUCAAGCCCGGAGACGGAGUCAAAGACAUCGCCUUUCAAGUGGACUGUGACUUCUUAAUCAAGACAGCUGAAGAGCGAGGAGCUGUGAUUGUUAAGGAGCCCUGGGAGGAGCGGGACAGCCGGGGCUGGGUCAAGUAUGCUGUGGUUCAAACGUAUGGAGAUACUACGCACACACUCAUUGAGUACCUCAGGCCCUACAAAGGCCUUUUCCUGCCAGGCUACAAAGAGCCUCUGUUUAGGGAGUCUCUAGCACAGGGUUUAAACUUCAUUGAUCACAUGGUGGGAAACCAGCCAGAUGACCACAUGGUGCCAAUUUCAGACUGGUAGGAGUGUGUCUUAGUGUCACAUAUUGACGACACGCAGAUCCACACACAGUACAGUUCACUGAGGUCCAGAGUGGUGACCAACUAUGAAGAGACCAUCAAAAUGCCCAUCAACAAACCUGAGGGUGAAAAACCCCCACAAAUCCAAGAAUACGUGGACUACAACGGGGGACCAGGUGUUCAGCACAUCGCUCUCGACACAUCAGACAUUAUUCAGGCAGUAGUGAACCUGUGCGCCCGAGGGAUGGAGUUCCUUUCAGCGCCUGACAUGUACUACAACACACUGCGGAAGAACCUUAAAACCGCCAAGAUCAAGGUGAAGGAGGACCUCGACCGUUUGCAGGUGAGAGUCUUCGGGGCAGGAAACUUCAAAUCUCUCUUUGAGGCGAUGGAGAGGGACCAAGAGGCCAGGGGCAGAUUCAUUGUGCCAACACCCAAAGGGCAGUCCAAAGCCUUCAACUGA